AUUUCCCAGACCCAACUGUGUCCCCCUUCUGAAACCAGACACUAUCUACGUUCGACCAGACUCCUGUUUUGGAACUCUGACGCCAGUCCUGUCUACCCAUUGAGCCGCCAGCCUCGUCUAUCCGCUGACCGAAAGAGCUUCGUGAGAGCACGCAUUGUUGCUUGAACCUUUGUGAUCGUCAGACCGAUAUAACAGCUGGAGCGCCUGACUGUCUCGUUUUCAAUUGGACAAUUGACAUAGGGCACCGCAUUUCCUCGCGACAGCAGCGUAAGAGGCCAUUCGCCGGUGAGACAGGCAUGGGUCUUCCAGCUCGACAGCCCUCAAAAAAAUCAUUUUUCGUUGCAUCUGCACUGUUGGCCGUUAUCCUCUCGACGCCAGCCGCGGCGCACAACUUCUGCUUCUACGAGUGCUCCGUCUUCGCGAACGCGCCCUCGGACUGCCUUCGCACGUGGUACGUCUACAGCGAGACGGACUUCUGCGACUCCGACCACAAAUUCGACAGCGUGCUGCGAGUCACAGACCUCGACGGGUUACCAUCUUUCGCCAACUCAUCAGCGUGCGAAGGACUGAGCAGCGCGCAGGUCUACGGCCCGCUGGCGAACGCCACGCAGCACGGCGACGGAACCCUCGAGCUGCUCGGCGAGAAGGAUUAUAACGGGGCGGCGUACGACGAGUACGUGGGGUGGGUGGGCGCGGGGCGCGAGCAGUCCAAGUGUAUCAAGUGGUCGCCGGGCACGGAGACGUACGGCAGCUGGGUCAGCGACGAUUCGGGCGUGCCCGUGUACCUGAGCUGCUGGGAGCGCCUCUCGUGCUCCAACGCCUUCGGCUUCGACGUCACUCCGUCCGACAGCGACGAGGGGGGUGACCCCCCGCAGAGCUCGCCCGGGAAGAGCGCGCCGCGAAAGGUGCUGCGACGAAAGGGCAAGGCGGCGGGCGGCAAGGCCGGGGCCAGAUAGGCGAGGUCGGGGCGGUGUUGACGCGCGCCCGCUUGUAUUCACGCCGGCGCUGCAGGGGCUGUAGGGGCUGCAGGGGCUGCUGGGCUGCUGGGUGCUGCCGUGUUGUUGGCGUGUCGCAAGCGACGGGCGAACGGGUGACGCCCAGAUAACCGGGGUUGAGAUGGCUGGCGAGACCUGCUAGUGAACCAUGAUUUGUAUAGUAGACGUUUUUGUAGCGCUUUCGUCUAUUUCUGAAUAAAAAGGUUCGUCGCUGGCUGCUCCUUUGUGCACAGACGCUGAAUGUCGAGUUUGCUGGACGUAUGGGGCUGGAGGCCCGAGCGCGUGGCUGACGGCGUCGUGGAACGGGCUGCCCAUUCCGUCGGACCUGUGGGGCUCCAUAGCUCCUAGACGAACGUUAGGUUGUCUGAACAUUUGGCAUGUGCUGAGUGCCCGUUUUUUGCCCAGAUUGUACCGAACUGUCGUACGGAGU